AAAAAUUAUAAAAAAAUCCUCAUAAAACAAAUAUUAAAAAAUAAAUCGAAGAUCAUCAAAGAUCAAGUACUCACCUGAGUAGUAUCCUUUAGAGCCGCAAGGAUCCGUCUCUGACGGAGCACCGCCAAAAUUCUCACCGCCAACAGCGCUAUGAACUCGUACUUCGAACAGGCCUCCGGCUUCUACGGCCAUCCGCACCAGGCCACCGGAAUGGCGAUGGGCAGUGGCGGACACCACGAUCAGUCGGCCAGUGCGGCGGCGGCAGCCUACCGAGGCUUCCCCCUCUCGCUGGGCAUGUCCCCGUACGCCAACCACCAUCUGCAGCGCACCACCCAGGACUCGCCCUACGACGCCAGCAUCACGGCUGCCUGCAACAAGAUCUACGGCGACGGAGCCGGCUACAAGCAGGACUGCCUAAACAUCAAGGCGGACACGGUGAACGGCUACAAGGACAUCUGGAACACGGGCGGCUCCAAUGGCGGCGGGGGCGGAGGAGGCGGAGGCGGCGGCGGUGGUGGCGCUGGUGCCGCAGGAAAUGGCGCCAACGGUGGUAACACAGCAAAUGCCAAUGGACAGAAUAAUCCGGCGGGCGGUAUGCCCGUUCGUCCCUCCGCCUGCACCCCCGAUUCCCGAGUGGGCGGCUACUUGGACACGUCGGGCGGCAGUCCCGUUAGCCAUCGCGGCGGCAGCGCCGGCGGCAAUGUCAGCGUCAGCGGCGGAGCCGGAGGCGGCGGCAACGGUGGCGUACAGAGCGGCGUGGGUGUGGCCGGAGCGGGCACCGCCUGGAACGCCAACUGCACCAUCUCGGGCGCCGCUGCAGCCCAAACGGCAGCCGCCAGCAGUUUACACCAGGCCAGCAAUCACACAUUCUACCCCUGGAUGGCUAUCGCAGGUGAGUGUCCGGAAGAUCCGGCCAAAAGUAAGAUAAGAUCUGAUUUAACACAAUACGGCGGCAUAUCAACAGACAUGGGUAAGAGAUACUCAGAAUCUCUUGCGGGCUCACUUCUACCAGACUGGCUAGGUACAAAUGGUCUGCGAAGACGCGGCCGACAGACGUACACCCGCUACCAGACCCUCGAGCUGGAGAAGGAGUUCCACACGAAUCACUAUCUGACCCGCAGACGGAGAAUCGAGAUGGCGCACGCGCUCUGCCUGACGGAGCGGCAGAUCAAGAUCUGGUUCCAGAACCGGCGGAUGAAGUUGAAGAAGGAGAUCCAGGCGAUCAAGGAGCUGAACGAGCAGGAGAAGCAGGCGCAGGCCCAGAAGGCGGCGGCGGCAGCGGCUGCGGCGGCGGCGGUCCAGGGCGGCCAUUUAGACGGCAAUUAGGCGGGAAUUUAGACGAAAUUCUGAACGGAAUACAAAGCAGCAAAGCACUAUAUUGUAACAAAUGAACUAUUUACUUAAA